AUGGGCGCGCAGCAAACAAAAGAGCGUACAAGGCGUCCAAAUCAGCUGAAGAGUGAUCAAGACUUACAAAUAAACACUUCUACGUUUCUAUUUCAAGACCAUGGCUCAGGAUCAACCUUAAAGGGCUCCACUUUAGUACAAUCAUCUAAGACAAAUCAAUUUAAUGACCAGUUGUUGGUCGCUUUGUAUGAUUUUGUUUCACCCAGUACCCUAGAAGAUCAAUCACAAACUCGAGUAGAGAAAGGUGAUCAUUUACACCUGUUUGGUUAUAGUGCCGACGGUGAUUGGGCUGAUGUCGAAUGUCUACGAACUAAUGAACGUGUUUGGAUUCCAACAAAUUAUACUAGUCGUAUGCCUAGUCAUCCUAGUGAUCCAUUUAUUAAUUUAAAUACUGGAUCAACCACAUCUGCUGGAGGUUCAAUCACUUUUCAACAAAAAAAUAAUCAUGAUAUAAGCUGUAAUGGUGGCGGCGGUGGUGCUGGUUGUGGUAGUCAAGGCAGUUUAGCUGGAGUCGGCUUAGAAUUAGAAAAAUGGUAUCAUGGAGCUAUUCAGCGGAGUUAUGCAGAAUAUUUACUCAAUAGUGGAAUUACUGGCAGUUUUCUUGUCCGUGAAUCAGAAAGUCAUCCUGGUCAACUGACUAUCAGUUUACGUUAUGAGGGGCAGAUAUGGCAUUAUCGUAUUCAUCGUGAUGAAGCCAAUCUAUACUACGUAAUAGAAUCAAACAAGUUUACCUCAGUUUCUGAUCUUGUCCGUCACCAUGAGAAACACUCAGAUGGUUUGGCCUGUACAUUAUUAUAUCCAGCACCAAAAAGAGAUAGAACAAGUUCAGAGUUACGUAUGGAUCCUGGAUUCGAUGUGCGUGAAAUAGAUCGAACUGAAAUAGUGAUGAAACACAAAUUAGGGUCAGGACAAUAUGGUGUAGUUUAUGAAGCUAUUUGGAAGCCUUAUAAUGUGCUGGUUGCUGUGAAAACCCUCAAGGAAAAUGUAACUGUACGUGAUGAAUUUUUAGAGGAGGCACGCUUGAUGAAAAGUUUAAGACAUCCAAAUCUUGUAACAUUAUUAGGUGCAUGUACACGUGAACCGCCGUAUUAUAUUGUCACUGAAUUUAUGUGCAAUGGUAAUCUGUUGGAUUAUUUACGUACACAACCUAGAACAGAAAUGACACCUUCAGUUUUACUGCAUAUGGCAACACAAGUUGCUAGAGGUAUGGCUUAUCUGGAACAACACAAUUUUAUACAUCGUGAUUUAGCAGCACGUAAUUGCCUUGUCGGUAGACAGCAUACAAUCAAAGUUGCAGAUUUUGGCCUGGCUCGUUGUAUAGAACGUGAUUUAACCUAUAGAGCACAUGAAGGAGCUAAAUUCCCGAUUAAAUGGACUGCACCAGAAGGUUUAGUUUAUAAUAUAUUUUCAACUAAAUCUGAUGUAUGGGCAUUUGGUGUACUGUUAUGGGAGAUUGCAACAUAUGGUAAAACACCAUAUCCAGGUGUUGAAUUACAAGAUGUAUAUGUAUUAUUAGAAAGAGGUACACGAAUGCUUCGUCCCGAGGGUUGUCCUGAGCAAGUCUAUGAACUUAUGUUACAAUGUUGGCAAUGGCAUCCUGAACAACGUCCACCAUUCUCUGAUAUCUUAAAUCAACUAGAAUCAAUGAGUACUAAUUCAUCGAUUGAAGAACAAAUCGCCAUGGAAUUCGCUGCUUCAUCAGCAUCGAACACCAACGAGACAACCGGCGGCAUAAAUUCAAAUGAUGCCUACAAAUUACUUAGACGUCCGCAUAAUAUAUUCCCACGUCCACCUCUACCGCCUAGACCGCCACCACAGAGAAGAAGUACUAGUUGUGAUUAUUUAGUUGAUGAGAAUGCAGAAAGUCAAAGUGAUAGAAUUAAAGAUGACAGUAAAUCUGAUAUAGGCAUUGAUGGAGCAUUUCAUAAAAAUAGUAUUAAUAAUAACAACGGCAACAGUAAUCAUAAGUUGUUGCAUGGAAGUAUAUUUACUAAAAAUUUAAAAAAUCCAUUAUCCUCAAAACAAUUACACAUUGAUGAUUUAAGCACAGAAGAUUUUUGUUCAACUGACAAAGACUUGUCAUUUACAACAUCCGGAUCACUUGGACGUAAAAGAACUGCUCCUCGACCACCAAGACGGACAACACCAGUGAAACCGUUAAAUUUUCUUACAGAUGAAAAUGCUACUGCCUCACCUCUUUUUCCUAUCAAUCAUUGGGAUGAUUAUACUAAGAGUGAUUUUGAUCAUAAUACACCGCCUCUUCCACCUCCACCUGAGCCUAUUCAUCCACCCCCACCACCGUCAUCAUCCUCGUCAUCAUCCUCCAAUCAACAGUCAUGCUUAAAUCAAUCACAACAAUAUCCACGUGUCACCACUAUUAAUAAUUCAUCGAACAAUUUGACAAUGCCAUCAAUUAUGAGCACUUCAGCUAUUUUCCCAUCUUCUGGACCUUUCUCAUCUGGAGAUCCAUCUUCAUGUGAUAAUAAUAAUUUAACUCGGUCUAUUUACCCUGAUCAUCCGAUACCAACACACACCACCGUGUCUUCCCCAUUCACUAAACAAUGCCAACCAUCCUCGAAGUCAUCAUUACCGCCAAAAUCAAUUAAUAACUCCGAUCUUGUCAAUAAAAUCACUUCUGAAAUCCAGUCAAGAAAUUUGACCUCCAUAAAUCAUUCUCAUAGUCGGCGAAUCGCUGAAGCGAAUCAUCUUCCUAAAGAAGGUAAAUCUCCUAGUGUUCAUCAUCCGACUGUUGCAUCCACCGAUUUUCAAGAAGAAUUACGUGAUAGAUUAAAACAACAUUCUCAGCAGCUCAAAGAUUGGUCUGCAUCGAAACCAGGUGUCUCUAAAGCCGUGUCAAAUAAGUCAUCAUCGGGUAAUGGAUCCGGUUCAGCAGUGUCUAAUUCCUCACCUUAUUUCACUAUACCUCGUUUGAAAACUAUCAAUUCUGCAAAUUCCGUUGGUGGCAAAGCAACAUCAAAUACCACAACAACUGCUGAGACUAGCAAUGUAACCCCUUCAACGCCUGACAAUAAGACAGAACCUUCACAACAUCCUACAGGAGUGAUUCAAUCAGAGACAAGGGUUGAAAAAUCCACUCCUCUUCCCAAUAAUAAUACUACUACACCCAUUCCUAUAACCAAUAGAUCAGCUGUAAACAACACUAACGCUUCUCCAAAAUUUCAUGGGAUGAAACGACUUGAAAAUGAAAAUUGUCAUGAUAAAUUGUCAAGUUUAAUACUACAAAAACGAUUAAGUUGGACUGGUCCAACAGAUGACAACUCCUCAGGCAGUCAAAAACGAUCUCAACGAUUAUUAUGUCUACCGACAAUAUUUUCCACAUCAUCUACAGCUUUAGAUGAAGUCAGUGCAUUCAGUGGCAAUCAUUGUAUCCCACCGACUAAAGCUCAUUUAAGAAAACAUUUAUCAUAUAUUGUAGACAGAUUAGAACAUUUAAUUAGUUGUAAUGUUUUAAACUCAGAUUGUAGUGGUAUUAUUGCCUCUCCGAUGAUGACGACAACAACCACCCCAGCUUCAACACUUUCAUCAUCCUCAGCAUCAUCUCUAUCGAAUUCAGAACAUUUAAUUGAAUUAGCAGAUCAGCUGGAAGCUUGUCGAUCAAGUUGUUCCACGUAUAUUGAUCAGGCGACAUGUUCUGCUAGGGCGAAAUUCAAUUUCCGUGAUCGAUUCGCCUGCCUACAAACAUUUAGCAGUUUAUUACGUUCUAAAAAACUUGACAUCACUUAUAGUAACAAUAAUAAUAAUGAUAGUAAUAAUAAUAAUGGUAAUAAUACUCCUUGUAAAAAUAAUAAAACUAACAUCACUUUAUUGCGGGAUGUACAGAAUGCUAUCAGGGAGAUAAUUAAUGAUUUGAAUAAACUGUCAGAGGACGCUGUGAAUUGUAGUUUAACAAAUUCACAGACAAUUGAUCCUCUUCUGUCAGGGCAUAAUAAGCUGAAUUGUACAGAAAAUCUCAGCAUAACUGACAAUAGUAACCAUAACAACAACAAGAACAGCAAUAGUAGUAGUACUGUUAGGAGUGCUACUGUAUUCACUUGAUCUUUCAUUGGUUUUUUUUAUUUUAUUUGUUUAUUGAUUUGAUUCUGGAAUGAAUCUCUUCCAACUGCUGUUUUGUAAUAUGAAUAAUAAUAAUAAUGGCGAUACUCAUCUUCAUGUAUAUGUACAUAGGAAAAAAAUCUUUACUGCAUUUCUAUCUAUUUCACUAUAUUCAUGGGAUUAUUGUCUGUUUGUCUGUUGGUUCGUUUAUUUGACUUUUUUCUGAUGAUUUCAUGUAUUUUGAUAUACUCUACCCUCUUGGUUUUUACUCAUUAUGAUUAUUUAAUUUGUUCUUUUUUUUUUCUCUUCUAAAAAGUAGUCAUUUGUAAUAUUUUAUUUUCUGCGGUUUUGAUUUCGUUCAGUUGACAAUUAUUGUGCUGAUUAUUAUUUGGCUUCCUUUGCGAACUCCCCACGCCGCCGUCGCCGCCCCCCUCUAUUUCUUUGUUAACACUGCGACUAUGACUACUGCUACUAUUACCUUUAUCUGUGGAAUUUUUGGGCGUGUGUGUGUUUGUAUGUUGGCGUGAAUCACUUCAUGUCUAUACAGCGCGCUAUGUGUGUGUGUAAAGUAGUACUUCAUUGAGGCUAUUCUUCUGUCUGUCUGUCUAUACACAAUCGUCGUUACUCUUCUGAUUAUUAUUCACAGAUGCUCGUUAUGCUUUUUUAUAUAUAUGUAAUAUUUGAUAAUCUGUCUUUACAAAUUGUCUGUAUACACUUGUAAAUAGAACAAUCAUUAUUCCCUGUAUAGAAUAGGAGGCUAAAGGCUUUGGGAUGCAUUAUAUCCAAUACACACCUUGAUUGGUGACUUUUUAUCGCUACUAUUA